AUGGCGUUCAACGAGCAGCCAUCCAACCCUGUCCCUGCCGAGGCGGACGCUUCCACCGGUGCCGGUGACGCAGCCAACGCACGUCAGCUCAUCGACGAGUCGCGCCGCCACUUCGCACUCAAGGAGUAUGCGCAAGCCAUCGACAAGGUCGCACAGGCGCUCGAGCAGCUCUCGUCGCACCACGCCGAGGAUGCAGACGAGCUAGCGCCCGUGCUCCAUCUGUACGGCCGCAGCUUGCUCGAAAAUUUCAUCGUCAACUCGGCAGCCCUCGGCGGCGGAGGUGGAUCGGCGCCGCUCCCCGCUCCCUCUGCACCGAGCAAGAGCGCCGCGGUCGAAUCGGCACCUGCUGCAGGAGGUUCGUCGAAGCCAUCCACCUCGAAUGCUGCCUCCUCUUCCGCCUCAGCGACAGCGGAUCCUCGCUUCAGCUUCAGUGGCGAUGCCGAGGACGACGACGAGGACGACGACGAAGGUGCAGCUGGUGCGGGUGCCAACGAGGACGACGACGACGACGAUCUGCAGGUGGCGUUUUCGGUGCUGGAUCUGGCGCGCGUGAUCUACGAGCGCAUCCUCGCGGCCGACAAGCCGGAGCUGACCACGCUCGAGGCGCAGCAGUGGGGCAAGACGCGCAUCCAGGCCGAGCUGGCCGAGGUGCUCAACCACCUCGGCGACGUUGGGCUCGAGGCCGAGAACUUUGCGCAGGCCUCGGCGGACUACGAGGCGAGCCUGCAGAUGCUCGAGCCGCUGCUGCGCGCCCACUCGCGCCGUCUCGCCGACGCCCACCUGCGUCUCGGCCUCGCGCUGGAAUUCCACCCGGACAUCGACCAGCGCAAGCGCGCCAAGCAGCACGUCCAGUCCGCCUCGCAGGUCCUCGCUAGUCGCAUUGCCGCCAUCCAAGCUCGCAUCGACAACCCCUCCGCUGCCGAGGCAAAAGAGGACGAAGGAAAAGAGCGCGACGAUCUGGUCGAGCUGGACGCUGCGGCGCUCAAGACCGAGCUCGAGGACGUGAGCGGCAUGAAGCGCGAGAUCGACACCAAGCUCGACGAGUACGACACUGAGGAUGGCCAGGCGCAGCUGAGUGGGCAGCCUGACCUGGCGGGUGUACUUGGUCUCCCUGCCGAAGCGACAGCAGCAGCGGGGAUGACGACCAAGGACGCGCUGCAGCAGGCGAUCAAAGACGCCUUCCUCGGCAGCACUGACGACAACGACGUAAACCCAUUCACGGGCGCCAAGACCGCCUCGUCCGAUGCACCCGUCAACAACCUCAGCAGCAUGGUCAAGCGCAAGAAGAAGGACGACUCGCAAGAGGCCGACAAGAAACAACGUACCGAACCGUAG